AUGAAUGUUACUGAUCCUUCUGGUUCCGUACUUACUGCAUGUAAAUAUAUAGCAUGUGGAAGCAACAAGGAACCUUCUUACAAGGAAAAGCGACAUUUUCGGCCAUCUUCUCAGAAUUCGAACAUCACACGGAGACGUGACAGAGCCUUGCUUAAUUCACGGAUAAGGGAGAAAGUAAAUACUGAUAUGAGAAAUUCUUUACUGUAUCACGAAAAUGCCCGCCGGAUAAAAGAAGAGGAAGAAGAACCCUUAUCCAAGGCUAGUGUUUGGUGCAUGGAUAAUAAUAGACCUUUGGUGCCAUCAAACGGAGCCCAGGGGCAACAAUUCCGAUCUCCGCCUGGACAGGAGUUCUUGUACAAUCACACAUUUGAUGAGGUGAAUAAUCAGAUCGGAAAAGUAAGGAAGCCUUUGAAUGCUGUGAAUGUUGAUGAGCUAAGAAAUGUGAUAUCCGUUGAAGAGAGUCAGCUGUUGCAAAAUCCUCCUUCGUCUUCGUCUUCGUCUUCUUCCUCGUCCACCUUCCUCUUUCUUGGGAAUUAUAAUCUUAACGGAACAUCAAGUAGGAAAACUAUCUAUGAUAUGUGGAAGGAAAUUGCCAACGAAGAACAUGUAAACGUCUUCGAUAACCAAAUAGUUCGGCAACAACUUGACGAAACUACACUUGAAGAUUUUCUAGUUCGCGCUGGUGUAAUCAACAAAGGAAAUCAAAAUGAAGUAUUUAGUAAUCAACCAAUUAUGGAGGUUGAUCCAAUGGUUGUGGGGUCACAGCAGACAGAUUUGUUACCAUUUCAGAUGGCUUCUGUGCAGCAGCAGCAGCAGCAACAGAUGACAUUGUUGGAUUCAAAUUUUCAUAUGUUUGAAGCUGUUUCUGAUCAGAACCAUGUUGCGGAUGUUGGAUACUCGGAUAACCAACUGCCUAUGCCUAUGCCAGUGUCAGCAAUGUCAGCAACAUCUUCAGAUUCUCGGGUGGCUGCUGGAAAGCAGUGUCGUUAUACAGACGAGAUGAUGAAGAAGACUAUUGAGAGGAGGCAGAAGAGGAUGAUCAAGAAUCGAGAGUCGGCAGCAAGGUCAAGAGCAAAGAAACAGGCUUAUACCAGCCAGUUGGAGCAUGCAGUGUUUCAUUCAAGAAAAACAAAUAACUGGCUCAAGAAGGAAAAGGAAUUGGAGAUCAUGUUCUUAUCGUCUGAUCAAGCUCCCAUGCCACGAUUCCAGCUACGGCGAACCAGCUCAGCUUCAUUCUAG